AUGCUCAGCACCCCCACACUUCACAUGACCAUGCUCAGCACCCCCACACUUCACAUGACCAUGCUCAGCACCCCCAUACUUCCCAUGACCAUGCUCAGCACCCCCACACUUCCCAUGACCAUGCUCAGCACCCCCAUACUUCCCAUGACCAUGCUCAGCACCCCCACACUUCCCAUGACCAUGCUCAGCACCCCCACACUUCCCAUGACCAUGCUCAGCACCCCCACACUUCACAUGACCAUGCUCAGCACCCCCAUACUUCCCAUGACCAUGCUCAGCACCCCCAUACUUCCCAUGACCAUGCUCAGCACCCCCACACUUCCCAUGACCAUGCUCAGCACCCCCACACUUCCCAUGACCAUGCUCAGCACCCCCACACUUCACAUGACCAUGCUCAGCACCCCCACACUUCACAUGACCAUGCUCAGCACCCCCACACUUCACAUGACCAUGCUCAGCACCCCCACACUUCACAUGACCAUGCUCAGCACCCCCACACUUCACAUGACCAUGCUCAGCACCCCCACACUUCACAUGACCAUGCUCAGCACCCCCAUACUUCCCAUGACCAUGCUCAGCACCCCCAUACUUCACAUGACCAUGCUCAGCACCCCCACACUUCACAUGACCAUGCUCAGCACCCCCACACUUCCAAUGACCAUGCUCAGCACCCCCACACUUCCUAUGACCAUGCUCAGCACCCCCACACUUCCUAUGACCAUGCUCAACACCCCCACACUUCCUAUGACCAUGCUCAGCACCCCCACACUUCACAUGACCAUGCUCAGCACCCCCACACUUCCCAUGACCAUGCUCAGCACCCCCACACUUCACAUGACCAUGCUCAGCACCCCCACACUUCACAUGACCAUGCUCAGCACCCCCCCACUUCCUAUGACCAUGCUCAGCACCCCCACACUUCCUAUGACCAUGCUCAGCACCCCCACACUUCCUAUGACCAUGCUCAACACCCCCACACUUCCUAUGACCAUGCUCAGCACCCCCACACUUCACAUGACCAUGCUCAGCACCCCCACACUUCACAUGACCAUGCUCAGCACCCCCACACUUCACAUGACCAUGCUCAGCACCCCCACACUUCACAUGACCAUGCUCAGCACCCCCAUACUUCACAUGACCAUGCUCAGCACCAUACACUUCACAUGA